AUCUGAUCCGUUAACCAAACGUUACCCAACUUUGUUACUGCCGUUACUCUAACACCAUUCCACUCAAAAAGACAAUAGCAAUGGAAUCAAAACACUUUCCUUUGAGAAAAUAAAAGCUUCCCUUUACCCGUACACCCUGUGUUCGAGAUUGUGAUCCACUCCAUCAAGACCAACCCGUGAAACUCUCAGCAUCAAGAGAAGAUGGCAGUCCGAUCAAAACCCAUGUGAAGGAAAUUGAUGAUUUUCUCUCUUGAUUUAAACAACAGCUGUCAAUUCUAUGGGAAAGCUUUCCCAAUUUCUGCGACCAGAUAACACAGUUGUGUUUUAGAAUUACAAAACACAUGUUGUGCUUUCCCAAUUUCUCUUUAUUCCUCUUAUUGUAAAUUUUGGUUUCUGUUUGUUAGUGAUACAUUAUAGCUACCUUUAACUCUAUCACAAGGGAUGACAAAGUGCAUAUAUCUAUAGAGAAAACAGAGGAAUAUUACAAAUGAUGAUGGUUUUGACCUUUCAAAAAAUUUUGUUCUUUCUAUGUCAUUUCAGUGAAGGUUUCUUGAUGGUUAUGUGUUAGUGGGUGGCGCCUCCGGCACCAUUCCGAUGGCUCCUUGCCUUCCGUUUGCCAAGAUUUUUGGUGUACAUGGGAGGUGGGUUUGUGAAUGGAGGUCGCUGCUGAGUGAAAAGGAUGGAUAAGAUGGAGAUAAAUAAUGUUUUGAUGUGGCAUUUUUUUGACCUUCAGAUGUUUUAUGUGCCACGUGUCUUUCAUCCGGGUAAAAACUGGAGAAAAUUGAAGAAUUUUGAACGGGAGGGGAGCUGGACCCUUGUUUGAGGUAGAAGAGAUGUGCGGAUCGGAUGGAGGAGGGUAUUAAGCAGCUUUAAGCCACAAAUCUUAGGGAGGAAAGGAAAAUCUCAUUCUGGAGCUGAAUGGUUUGAGUUGUGACUUUCUAAGAAAGGUGCGGCAGCUAUCUAAAUUUUUUAUACCCAUCUUGCUUACUGCAAUUGCCAAAGUCCUUCACCAUGGGAAGAAAAAGCAAAUCCCAUUCCGACCCAAAAACCAGCAUGGCCAAGAAGAAGGCCAAAGCAGAAAAAGAAGAUGGAAAAGUCUGUGGCACUGACAUUAUCUCACAGCUUCACCCAAAUAUUGUGAUAGACAUUCUGUCACGACUGCCCUUUAAUACCCUGUUCAGCUGUAGGUGCGUUUGCAAGACAUGGCUACAUCUUCUCGUUGACCCUAGUUUCGCUCAUUUGUAUCACACAAGGGCAGAACCCUGCAUCAUCCUCCAACCCACAAACAAAAACCGUCAACAGCAUCUCUACGCAGUUCAUUUUGACAACAGAAAUUACUUGCGUAACUCUAUAGUAAAGUUUGCCACUAAAACCCAUUUAGGUAUGGGAUGUAAUGUGAAAAUUAGUCUGUUGGAUUCAUGCAAUGGGUUGAUUUUGCUAGGCGAGAUGUAUCGGUAUCAAGUGAAAUUGGAUCGAUUAUAUGUGUGUAAUCCUAUAACGGGUGAGUUCGUCAUAGUUAGGCCUGGUAUCAACCUAAAAUCUUCUCCCGUGUGUCCUUGCCUUGGCUUUUGUCCCAAAACUCAAGUAUACAAGGUGGUUCUCUUGUCCAAAAAAAAGCAUGUAGCUGAAGUUAGUAACAACAUGGUGACUCUUGUGUACACACUUGGAGAGAAGGGUAAUGGUCUUUGGAAGAGUGUUACUGUUGGAGAUGCUUUGCUCCAUCAGCCAAGAAAUACUACUUUUCUCAAUGGAAUUAUUCAUUGGGCUGUGAGAUCCCCUACUGUACCUCAGUUUAUAUAUUCCUUUGAUGUGGAGGAUGAGUGUUUUCGAUCGGUUCCACCACCUCCUGAGUUUCUGUCACCUGAUCAACCUACAUGGUCAAAGUGGGGGAUCAAUCUUGGGGUGUUGGAAGGUUGUCUUGCCAUUGUUGAACGUGAUAAAGAUGUUUCUUGGUGCUUUCACAUAUGGGUAAUGAAGGAAUAUGGUGUUCAAGCAUCUUGGACUAAGACAUACACUAUGGACUUCACAAUGGAAAAACUAGCGCCUUUAUUUCCAGUUUCACAAAUUCUAGGGUCGUGUCGCAAUGGUGACAUUUUAUUCUCACAUCAAGGCAGGAAUUUGGUUUCUUUCAAUCCAGUGAACCCAAGUUUCAAGGUUCAUAGGAUUAAAAAACUAUGUAACUUUCUGAUUCAUCCUUAUAUUCCCAACCUUUCUUCACUUAGGGAUAUAGCAAGAGGAGAACCGUUGUUCAAUGCGACUGAAAUGAUUCAGACAGAGGGAGGAGAUAAGCAUGCAUCAGAUAAGGAGUGAACUGAUAGGGAGUUGAUGGCUAUCUGAUUGUUAUUUCAAAUGAUAUUUCAAGUUGUUGAUUAGGAUGAGUUGUUGAUUAGGAUAAGUUGUUGGUUAGGAUUGUAUUUGUUGAUUAGGAUGAGUUGUUGGUUAGGAUUAGUCGUGAUGUGAAGUUCCUGCUGAACUAUCAAGAUGUAAUUUGAAUUUUCUAGUUGGGCACUCUGCUUGAGACUAUUUAAGAGCAGAAGCAAUUAAUAAAUAAGCAAGCAAAGUUUAAUCCAAAA